AUGGAUGAAAUUUUCCACCUUCCACAAGCUCAGAACUACUGUCAAGCAUAUUUUGACAAGUGGAACCCCAAGAUCACGACGUUUCCAGGUCUUUACCUAGUAUCAACACUUUAUACAAAAGCGCUUUCAUGUCUCAAUGUCGUGGAUGAUUUCUGCUCCGUGUCAAGAUUACGUAGUGUGAAUGUGCUAUUUGCAGUGGGUAAUAUGGUAUUGUGUGUACUGUUACGACAUCACGUGGCUCCAGAAGAUCCCAAUGCUUUGCUGCAUGCACUACGCAUUGCAGCAUUUCCACCGCUGUUCUUUUUUACUUUUUUAUUCUAUACGGAUAGUGGAGCAACUUUUUUCGUGCUAUUGAUGGUAUUCCUGGCGGAAAAAGUGGAUUUAUUGCACUACUCGCCUGCAAAAGGCAGCUUUGUGCUCAGUGCUAUUAGUGGUGCUUUUGCGGUGCUUUUUCGCCAAACAAAUAUAGUCUGGGUAGUGUUUGUGGCUGGUACAGUUGUCGUUCGAUAUGUGGAACUCACCCACUCAAAAUUCAUUUACGGGUUGUUAUUGAAAAAGGAGGCAAGCUACUGUGGUGCUCCGUCUGUCACGCACAGCUCUUUCAGGGUCUUGCUCAACUUCGUCAGCGUCGUUAUCUCAAAUUUGCCGUCCAUUCUUCAAAUUGUCUGGCCGUUCGUCGUGAUUGUCGCUGGUUUUAUCGUUUUUGUCCUGGUGAAUGGCGGCAUCGUUGUCGGAGACAGAUCGAAUCAUGAAAUGACUUUCCACGGAGCACAGGUGCUAUACUUCGUUGUCGUGGCAGCCUCCGGCUUCGGACUCUGUCUUGUUGCGCCUACCCAGCUGUUGACGUUUACAAAACUGGUGCGCAGGAACGCUAGUUCGUUCCACGGCUUGCUGUUGAUGAUCUUCCUGGUUGCAGUGACUGUUGGAGUCAUUUUCCGCUUCAGUCCCGUUCACAAGUUUAUGCUGGCAGACAACAGGCAUUACACGUUCUAUGUGUGGAGGAAGUUCUUCCUCAAGCACGACUUGGCAAAGCUUUUGCCUGCUCCAUUGUACCUUUUUUUGGGAUGGUGCUGCUGGAAUGAACUAGGAAGAAGGCGCUCACCACUGUGGAAACUCGUUUACACGCUUGCAGUGUGCUUGGUCCUCAUUCCAUCCCCGCUUGUCGAACCACGGUAUUAUUGCGUUCCUUUCGCAAUCCUUCACUUAAACACCAGCAACCAAUCUGCCUUCCAUCUAUGGGUAGUGUUUGCUGUGUACAUGGCUGUCAACGCGCUGACGCUGUACAUUUUUCUAUACCAUCCGUAUCAAUGGGUUGAUGGAUCGACUGCACGAUUCAUGUGGUAA